AUGGAAGCCUCGUCUCCUCCCCCGGCGCCCCGCCGAAUCGUCACAACGCACAAAGAAGCGAAGAGCGUUGUCCAGCUAGAUCAACCCAUCACAUUUCAACCCUACCCAAACUCGACGACGUCGCGCUUCUCCGAUGUUUGGGUGUACGACGGCGUCCCGACGAAUGAUAACAAUCUUGCAACUGACGGUGGGGAGCGUAAGGUAACUGGCCCCGGACUCGGUGUCGUACAGGAAGGGGGUGUGACUUGCCGGUACAACGACCUUGCGCCGGGUGCGAGCGUACCGAUGCACAGGACAACGUCCACAGACGUCAUAGUACUCAUUUCUGGACAAACCGUCCUCACGCUUGACGACGGGACCGAGACACUAUUGGAGAAAGCGGGUGAUAGUGUCGUACAGCGUGGUACGAUGCAUGGGUGGCGUAACCCGAGCAAAACGGAGUGGACGCGUAUCAUGGCUAUCGUGGUCGAUGCUAAGCCAGUGGUAGUUGAUGGGGCCGAGCUGAAGAAUGAGAUGCAGAGUGAAUGA